UGGGUUUUUAAUUUCAGUCACACCUGUAGCAGUCGAAUGACUGAAGCUCGGACACAGAACGCCGUCGCCUAUUGUUGUCAUGUCUGUGUGCGGUCUUUUCCACUGAGGCGCUGGAAAUGCAGGCCCGGAAGAGCUGUGAAGACACGGCCUUUCAGCUUUUUGCGUAACACAGAAGGAGAAGUUUUGAGAAAUGAGCCGUGCGCCUUUCUUAAUCGCGUCGUUGAGCUGUUUGACGAGCAUUGAUGUUCGCUGAGGACUUGUUUGCCGUGUUACCUGCCCGAGUGAGGCUGACUGACAGGCCUCCUUCCCUAUUUCACUAGCCCCUAGAAAGGCUGCCGAUGAAUACAACCCAGUGUCCCUCAGGCACAAGUCUAAGAAGAAAACUCCAGGAGGCAAUGCAACAAUGAGCAGGAGGAGAGUUUCAGUGAAGGAGCUGGACCCAGUGGACUACCAGGGCUGGCUGUAUAGAAAGAACGAAGGGAAAGGCUUUCUGGGUUUUAAAUGGAAGAAAUAUUGGUUUGUUCUGAAGAAGACUUCACUGUACUGGUACGCCAACCAGAUGGCUGAAAAAGCAGAGGGCUACAUUAACUUGACUGAUUUUCUGAUUGACCGGGCAAUGGAGUGCAAGAAGAAAUAUGCCAUGAAAGCAUGUCACCCAAAGGUCAUGAUAUUCUACUUUGCUGCUGAGAGCAAUGAGGACAUGAACAUAUGGUUGAAUAAGCUUGGCCUUGCAUCCAUUCAGUAUGACCCCACAGAGAACCAUCACCCAACUGAAUGCUACAGUGAGGCAAGUGAUCAUGAAGAGGCUCAGACAACAGAAGCACCCCCUCCCCCUUACUCGGAGGAGCUGACUCACAGCUCAGUGAUUAUGAGCAGUCCACCAGGCACUGGACUUUCAGGGAGCCUUCCACCUCCAUACUCAUCUCCUGUACCCAGUGAGGCCACGCCAUCCUCUCCAGUCAGCACUAUGACCUCCCACAGCUCUGUCUCCUCUCUGGCAAAGCACCGUCAGUCUUGGUUGGACCUGGUCUCUCAGGCCAGCCCUGCUGCUGCUGCUGCUGCAGAGACUGUGGUGUGCUCUGCUCAGGUUCAUACUCAGCGGUCAACGGUGAAGGAGGCCUCACGGUGUAGUGAGGCUGCAGCACCAUCUCAGGAUCCUCUGGCUACAAGAGUCAGGAUGCAGCCGACAGAGAAUGUGCUGCUUCAGUCAAGGGUGAAUCUGACUACGAAUGGCUCCAAUGGUGAGGAAAGCACUGCUGAUGAAAUGGAGAAAUUGUACAAAGAUUUGAAAAGGGCUAGCCUGUCUCCUACUGGUGAGCGGAGGCCAUCAUCUAAACGGGAAUUCAGAGCAUCCUUCGUAAAGCGCUGCAAAAAUGAUACUGUUAAUGAGAAACUGCACCUCAUCAGAACCCUCAACAGCACACUGAAGGCUAAAGAAGCAGAUGUACUAACUCUGGAUCAGGUACUGGCUGACCCUUCCCUGACCACCAGUAGAUUCAGACAGUGGAAGGAUAAUAACAUGGUGCUGCUGCAAGAGAUGCAUCUGCGCCGCCUCCCUCAGACUGAAGCCCAUGAGCCCACUGCUUUAACAACUGCAGCCCCACCUUUAACAGAGACCAGUGUAUAGACAGUGUGUAGGUGUCGUGUGACAUAUAGGCACUGCCAGACUAAUGUAUUUUAACAUGACACAGCUUUAUUUAUUGCUUAACUCAGUAAUUAAACAUUUUGAGGUCAUUUUCCCAGCAUGCAAAUCACCAUUUUUAAAACCGAAGGACUUCUGCAAAUUUUUUGUGUAUUUAUUGUUUUGUUUUAUGUCUUGUCUGUUACUACCCUCAGUAUAUGUCUCUGCCGAACAGCCACAGAAUCUGAUAAUAACACUGCAUUAGCCCAUGCUAAUGGAGCGUUGAAUAAUACGGUUCGUUUACACCAGUCACAUUAUGGAGACAUUAUCUCUUUGGGCAGUUCCAUUUCUGUGGAUAAGAAUGUGCAACAUAACUUUGCUAAACAGGUCAAACAAAGUCAUUUUGUUUAUACUGUCAUAUACUGUUUAUACUGUCUUACCCUGUUAGCAGUUGAUGUCCUGGACAACAGUAUUUGUAAUUAAUUCAUUGCUUUACAUUGUUCGUUUGAUUGUGGUUGACUAGAGCUACGUUCAUUUUGUUCUUCCGCACUGUGUGACACUUGACUGCAUAGACCCUGAUAACUUGCCUAGUCUCUAUACAAUUAAGCACAAAGGGUAACAAAUUCCUGUGACCUACAUUUUGUAUAGUUUGUUCUUUUUAUAUUUGACUGUAAAUGGAUGUAUUUUUAGUGAAUGAAUUGUUUGAACUGUGUACAGUUUUAAGUUUUGUUUCCUGUAGCUCUUCCAGAAGUGUCACUGAACUGGUAAUCUUGCCAGUUCAGGGAAAGAGGAGAAUAAACACUCAUGCUCAAACUAA